UAAAAAGGCAUGUCUAAACAACGAGCCGGCGAGCGCUGAGAUUUCCGCGUCGCCGAUCGAAGGGAAAGCACCGAGAGCGACCGGCCAGUGGAAGGAAGCGAGGCGGGAGAUGUACUGAGCCACUUGGCUCUUUGGCUACAGGUCUACGCCCGCAGGCAUGGACACCGCCUCUAGGCUGGGCAGCCAGUAAGAUGAAGGGUCUCUAGACCGGCUUGUUCCUCUUUGCUACUGAAAGGGCGAUCCUCGCUGCAGCCUAUUCGCUCACCCUCCGGCUCUUUUCUCUCUCUUUUGAAUGGACGCCGCAAAGUAGCCUCUCUUCUCUCUUCUCCCUCCCCCAUGCAGCUACAAGCGGUGGUUGUAGAUUCCCUUCUCUCGCUAGUUUGGAGAUCUCCGCAGCGACUUCAAGCCGAUCCCUUUUGAAACCUCAAGAGUGUAACUUGCGCUUUCAUGCAAUGGGCGCUACGAGCAGAAGCGAGGGGGCUAGCGCCUUUCCCCGACGCUUCCCUUAACUGAGUGAAUUGGAAAUAUUUGGGAAAUAAGUUUCCGGAGGCGGUUCGGGGACUUAAAAGUCCGGCGUUUCAGCGAGGGCGAACAUGUCAGUAAUGGCAAUUAAGAUCCAUCCUGUCCUUUUGGGUGUUGGCAAGUGGAGCCUUGGUUUUUGGGACUGGCAGUGAAGUAUUGUCAAUGUCACUAUUCAGCUUUGGAACUGUCUUCUCUUCUGUUUUCAUCAAAGGAAGUAUUCAUUUAAACCUUCCUCACCUGAAUGAGCCUGGGACAUUGCUUUGAACAUACAGAGGAGAAAUUGGACUAAACAUCAUUGUACAAAAGCCACCAAACACAUAUGGAGAAAGGAGUUAAUUAUCUGUGUUACAUUUGGUGCUGCUGUCUCACUACACCUGUUGGAAAUAGAGUGAGAAGAAUCAUGACUGAAAAUCUCUGUGGAUGGCUACGAGUUUUCUUCUCAGCACUGCCAUAUCAAGUCUUCAAGUGACAAAUAUCUCUUGGUGCCAUAGCACAUGGAUUUCAGGACUACAUGUGAAGAGACAAAGACAGGGAUUUGUUUGCUGCAGGAUGGUAACCAGGAGCCUUUCAAAGUGCGGCUGCACUUAGCCAAAGAUAUUUUGACAAUUCAAGAACAAGACGUGAUCUGUGUAUCUGGUGAACCUUUUUAUUCUGGUGAAAGGACCGUAACAAUUAGAAGACAAACUGUAGGAGGAUUUGGAUUAAGUAUCAAGGGAGGAGCAGAGCAUAAUAUUCCAGUGGUUGUUUCCAAAAUUUCCAAAGAACAACGAGCGGAACUCUCGGGUUUGCUGUUCAUAGGAGAUGCAAUUCUACAGAUUAAUGGGAUUAAUGUAAGAAAAUGCAGGCAUGAAGAAGUGGUCCAAGUUCUUCGGAAUGCUGGGGAAGAGGUGACCCUAACUGUAUCCUUUCUCAAAAGAGCACCUGCAUUUCUCAAACUGCCCCUCAACGAGGAUUGUGCGUGCAUUCCUAGUGAUCAGAGUAGUGGUACUUCUUCGCCUUUGUGUGACAGUGGUUUACAUCUUAACUAUCAUCCCAAUAAUACGGAUACACUUUCAUGUUCUUCAUGGCCUACGUCUCCAGGGCUUAGGUGGGAGAAGAGGUGGUGUGAUCUCCGAUUAAUCCCACUCCUUCACUCCCGGUUUUCCCAGUAUCUCCCAGGAUCAGAUAUGUGCAGGCAAAAUGCAUUUCAAGUAAUAGCUGUGGACGGCAUUUGCAGUGGAAUAAUUCAGUGUCUUUCUGCUGAAGACUGCAUUGACUGGCUACAAGCAAUAGCAACAAAUAUUUCCAACCUCACAAAGCACAAUAUUAAAAAAAUCAACAGGAAUUUCCCCGUAAACCAGCAGAUAGUCUACAUGGGCUGGACAGAAGAACGGGAACAAGAUUCUCUUCAGGACCGAAUGUAUACACCAAAGUUUCUAGCACUGAGAGGUUCUUCACUUUAUAAAUUUAUAGCACCUCCAGUUACUACGUGGGACUGGACACGAGCUGAAAGAACAUUUUCUGUAUAUGAGAUCAUGUACAAAAUACUCAAGGACAGUGAUCUACUGGAUCGGCGAAAACACUGCUUUAGUGUUCAGUCUGAAACGGGAGAGGAUCUCUACUUUUCUGUGGAAUUAGAAUGUGACCUCAUAUUAUGGGAAAAGGCCUUCCAAUCAGCAACUUUUUUAGAAGUGGAACGAAUACAAUGCAAGACAUACGCCUGCGUUCUAGAGAGUCAUCUUAUGGGACUUACCAUAGACUUUGGCAUGGGCUUUGUAUGCUUUGAUGCUGCGACAAAGGCUGUACUAUGGCGGUACAAGUUUUCCCAGCUUAAAGGGUCUUCAGAUGAUGGCAAGAGCAAAAUCAAAUUUUUGUUCCAAAAUCCAGAUACUAAACAGAUUGAAGCAAAGGAGUUGGAAUUUUCCAAUCUGUUUGCAGUCCUGCAUUGUAUCCACUCGUUCUUUGCUGCCAAAGUGGCAUGUUUGGACCCACUCUAUGUUGGCAGUCAAGCUGUUGCUGCUGCUACUACUACUACUACUACCACUACCACUACCACUAGUGCUGCUGUUGCUACAUCUUCUGACACUAGCAAAUUGAAGUAUACGACUUGAUAGCUCCCAUUUCUGUACCUGCAACUUUUCAGGAGUACAUAAGACUAUGUAUACAAACUAGUCAUCAGACUUGGAGAACAGCAAGCAAGAGAAAUGACUCAAGGCAAGUGGCAGUUUUCAGAAGAGCGUGGUCACAUGGGAUCAUGAAUUAAAUCUCACUUUUACAAGGCAUCAGUACACAAUCCCAGCCAGAAAUCCCUGAAGUGGAUAAAGAUGCUUUUAGUAUAAUCUGAUUGUGCUUUGAAUGGCUUUGGAAAGAAAAGAAACAAACAUAAACAAAUGACACAACACUGCACCUAAGUAUUUAAUACGAUUUUGAGAUCUCCAUAAUAAUAGACAUUUUCUUGUUCCCAGGUGUUUUUAUAUGACAGCUUACUGAGCUCUAGAUCUGAACUAAUGGCCUCUUGUUAGACUAUGAAUGACAAGCAAGAGACAUCAGUGUGUAGCAACAAGAAAGUGAUCAUGAAAAGAUGCUACUAUAUUUCCUUAGAAAAGAAAGCACUUUAAGUACGGUUGCAAAUUCAUAUUUCUGCCCUUUCGACAAAGAAUCAUGCUCAUUCUUAAUUUUGCUUCUAUCCCAUUCUUGUAAUAAUAGUAUAGCCAUAUUAGGCCAACAGUUUUUAAAAAAGGAAAUCUAAGCAUGAUGAAGCCAUCUGCUAUUGAAGCCUAUAAUACUUAAACCACUUAGACCUUGCUCUCACAAUCAGCAGGUGAGAUGGAAAUCUUUUAAUUCUCAGACUGCAGUUGGGGGUUCACAAAGUGCUCUGCCAGUAGUGGCUAUCAGGGCGGUGCGGAAAAGGCAGUGCUGCAGACCUUGCUUCCCAAUGCUGCACAUUACUGCUGGUUAGCAAGAGGGAGGGGGGAGGGGCAAAGCAGUGGGGAGCUUGACGUAGUGCAGGCACCACCUUGAUCAAUUCUACUACUAUGCCCACAUCGUACCAAACUCCCCACUGCCUUGCCCACUGUCUCUUGGUAACCAGCAACAAUAUGUAGUAUUGGGAAACUAGGGCAACCUCACCCCCCCCCACUGGCCGCCACUGCAUACAAGGGAGGGAGGGAAUCUCUGCAUGUAGAAAAAUAGGUGUGAGGGUGAAUGAUUGUAGCAUAACUUUAUCCCUGUCAUGCUCAUUUUAUCUCUGUGUGAAUAUAUUUCAGUGGGAAUCAUUUUGUCAUCAUGAGCCCCUUCCUGCAGUCUGGAGUCUUAGAAACUAGAUACGGGUUUACUUUGUACCUACUUCAUGUGAGACCUGGGUCUCAGUUCAAGAGUAAUUCCACUGAGUUAAUUUGAACUACACAGAAAUUGUGGUUUGAGGAUCAUGGCCUUAAGCCCACAAAACUUUUUUUUUCUUUCUAGAUACAGAUUCUCUGUUGUUAGUGAAAAUCUGGUAACAUUCAGAAUAGUUUUAAUUAUGAAUGAAUUACCAAUGUUAAACCUGUUUAAUUAUGUCUUUUAUUAUUCAGUUUUAUAGAGAAGUGUAUUUUAAUCUACCAGGCUUUGUUCUCAAAUCCCACAUAUUAUAUUUUGUUACAGGCACAAUAAAGGUUGCACAAGGCUUCACUCUUAAAUCUGAUUUUCAUAUUACCAACAGGAAACCAAGUAUGGAAUUCAUUUACUCUUUUGUAUUUUAAUUAACAGCUGUUAAAAAAUGACCUUACAAAAAGCAAGAUUUCUUGUAAGUUAAAUGGAACUUCUUUCC